UCUUAGAAUUAGUAAAUUGGUGAACCUUUUCAGGAUUCCUGCCUUCAUUGAAAAGGGUGCUUACCAAUAAAACAGUGAUUUUGCAAAUGGGUGCGCUAGGGUUUAUGAAUAUUGCACUCUUUAAAUUCCUGCACUACGAUAAGCUAUACGCACAGGCACGAUAUCACGUAGACACACUAAGACCGGAUAUACGGAAUUCAGAAUUACUCAGCAGUAUAUUUCGACCCAUUGUCAUCAUUUUCUUUAUAAUGAUAUUCCGCAUGCGAUUUUCGGUGCGACGCAGCGACGGCGUCAAAGCAAACACGGCGGCACGCGUCGGCGGCGUAGUGGCGCUGUUUGCGGCCGCGCUGUUCGUCGCCAUAGCAACCAUCGACUGCAGUCCCGGAGAAAUCGCUGGAAUAAGCGACAAUACUCACAGCACGAUAGUCUGUAAUCAGCCCUGCUUGUAAGUAUAUUUUUAAUUUAUUCUAGCGCUGUUUACA